CGUACCGUGCGGCGCGGCCGGCCGGCGCGGCAACCACCACGCCGCUUGGCCCCUAGCCUUACUCAGUUUACAUCACACUCAAUAUACACAUUACACGUUCCAAAUUUGAAAUAAAAUAAUAUUCCAUACGAUACGAAAAUUUGAUUUUGGAACUUGAGUAUCUAACCAUUUAUAUAUACGUGCCUACUUAAUGAAAUCCAACAAACUGUGAAAGCUAAGCAAUCAUAAAUACUCGUCACCAAUUAGUUUGAUAAUGAACGAAAUCGACUUGAUAAAAGAGGUCGAGAAACGACCUAUUUUGUAUGAUAAAUCCGUGAGUGGAUUUAAUAAAACAAAGCUUAGAGACGAAGCGUGGAAAGAAGUAAAAGAUGCCCUCAACGUAUCAGAAGGAGAAUGCAAGAAACGCUGGCGCUCCCUCCGCGACUCGUUCAUCAAACUGCGCCGGACACACGGCGGGCGGACCAGGUGGCCCUAUCACCAGGUGAUGCGGUUCCUGUUGCCGCAUAUCGAACCUAAAGAAUCCGGUACCUACAAAAAAGACGACGACUCCGACGCUGAAGAGGAGAUGCGCCAGCGCGCCAUACAGAACCUUCCAGACCUGUCGUUCACACACGACAAAUUCGAUGACGACGAGGACUCGCCCCCGUCCCCUAAAAAGGCCCGCCUCAACUCCACAGAUGAGGAGAACCCUUGUCAAUGUAACAGAACGGACCCAGAUGAGCUGUUUCUUCUCAGUUAUGCCCCCAUUCUGAAAAGGUUGAACGCUAAACAGAACGCUGGGGCGAGACUCAAGAUCCAACAAGUUUUGUACGAAGCGGAGUUUGGUGGCCAGAUGGAGCUGCCGUAUGUGACGCCAGCUAGCGACUGCAGUUUUGAUAAUAUCGACGGUCCUGUUGAAUAAAUGCGAUU